AAAAAAAAAGGACGUACAGUGUAAGUCGCUUGUGACACUCAACAAUGGCGGAGUGGUUCCACGAGGGGUUGGGAAUUGGUAAUCGCUUUCGUCCUUCAAUUUCGUUCUUCGCGGAUCUUCGAUCGGCUUGUUUUCCGGAGCCUUGAUUCAAUCUCAUUCUCUUCCUGUUUGCCAUUUCACCAUGUCGACUACUCCCGAGGAACCUAAUAAUUUGCAAAACGGAAUCGUAACUGAGCCACAAAUUUCGUCAGAAUCAGAGCAAACCGAUGAGUCCAGAUCAGAGCCAGAACGCAUAGCAGACGCAAUUCCCAAAGCUGAAUCACAGCUAGAACGAGAAUCAGAAUCAGAAUCAGUUUAUGUAGAAGCAGAAGCAGAAGCAGAAUCAGAGCUGGCGUCUCGAAGGAAACAGUUAUCGGAGUCACUGCCAUUACAGGUAGUGACGAAUGUUUCAGAUCCGAAAUUUGAUGAGUCUAAAGGAACCUCGAUCCCGUCCAACGGCAUCGAGAACUCGCAGCCUACGCUGCGUAAAGAUGAAGGAAGCCGGACGUUUACAAUGAGAGAGUUGCUGAAUGGAUUGAAAGGUGAAGAUGGCAACGACAGCGUUAACGAAUCUGAAGGCGAGAAGCCCGACGGUUACAGUCUUAAUCAAGAUAGCCCACAACAGCCUUAUUCUGAACAGAGCAGAGCUGCCAUGGAGUUGAUCAGCAGUGUUACAGGUGUUGAUGAAGAGGGCCGUUCUCGCCAACGGAUUCUCACAUUUGCUGCUAAGAGGUAUGCUAGUGCAAUUGAGAGAAAUGCUCAAGACUAUGAUGCUCUAUACAAUUGGGCUUUGGUCCUCCAGGAGAGUGCAGAUAAUGUUAGUCCAGAUUCCACUUCACCUUCUAAAGAUGCAUUGCUUGAGGAGGCUUGUAAAAAGUAUGAUGAGGCAACCCGUCUUUGCCCAACACUUCACGAUGCUUUUUAUAAUUGGGCUAUUGCAAUCUCUGAUCGGGCCAAAAUGCGUGGUCGUACGAAGGAGGCUGAAGAACUGUGGAAGCAGGCUACCAAAAAUUAUGAGAAAGCUGUCCAACUCAACUGGAAUAGUCCCCAGGCGCUAAAUAAUUGGGGGCUUGCUCUACAGGAACUCAGUGCGAUUGUGCCAGCACGAGAAAAGCAGACAAUUGUAAGAACAGCUAUCAGUAAGUUUCGUGCAGCUAUACAGUUGCAAUUUGAUUUUCAUCGAGCAAUUUACAAUCUUGGUACUGUUUUGUAUGGACUAGCUGAGGACACAUUACGGACUGGUGGAACAGGAAACUUUAAGGAUGUUUCCCCCAAUGAGUUGUACAGCCAAUCUGCAAUUUAUAUUGCAGCUGCUCAUGCUUUAAAACCAAGUUACUCUGUUUACAGCAGUGCCUUGCGAUUGGUUCGUUCAAUGCUGCCGUUACCCUAUCUAAAAGUUGGGUACCUGACUGCACCUCCUGUAGGGAAACCACUUGCUCCACACAGUGAUUGGAAACGUUCACAGUAUUUCCUAAAUCAUGAUGUUUUGCAAAAGCUUAAAAUAGGGGGGGAACAAAUACAAACAUCCCCUAAUGCUUUAGGAAGAUCUGGAAGUACCUUGAAUGGCGAUAUGCCAAUCAAAGUAGAAAUUCCAGAUAUUGUAUCUGUAUCAGCAUGUGCAGAUCUAACUUUACCGCCGGGCGCUGGACUUUGCAUUGACACAAUCCAUGGACCAGUUUUCUUGGUUGCUGACUCGUGGGAUGCGCUCGAUGGAUGGCUUGAUGCGGUUAGAUUAGUUUAUACAAUCUAUGCUCGAGGCAAGAACGACGUUUUGGCUGGCAUUGCAACGGGUUGAUGAUUAUUAUCAAGUAUGAAAAUUUAUUACUUAUAUUACCUUGAUGUUUAUAUUAUGCUUGCUUAUAGUAGAUUUAGUAUUCAUUUCUCCAAAUUGGAACUCAAUUUUUGGGGUGCUUUUCCAGUGCUUAA